AGUUUCUUGUUACCCUACCCUGCAAAGUAAGAUAUUUGACUUUGUUGCCAACACAAAACUCAACGCUCCGCGGUCGUUACGAGCUCCAUACUUCAAUAUGGCGUCGGGCCAUGGAGGAGCCGUUACAAGAAAUCACUGUUAUACUGCCCCCAGACACCCCCGAACAGAUAAACCAGCAACUAUAAACGAAAGGGCAAACAGCUCUUUAGAAACUGAACCGCUAGAAGGUCUUGGAUUGAGCACUUUGAACGAAGACAAACCACCAUCUUCACGGAGACACAAGAGGCAUCACCAAAGCCAUAAACCCAAACUGUCAGUCAGGGACUCUUUAUCGCAGUCUCUUCGCGAACUAGACGAUGUCGACGAGGAACAUUUCUACGAUCAUUUAUUAGCCUUGAAGAAUGAGCACAAAAAAACUCUAAAAGCCGUUGAAAAACUGUAUUAUUCGGAAAAAGACAGACAAUACUCGGGAUUUCAAUUGGACUCAAGGACUAAAAUUGCUGUGAGCGAUUUUGACGAAUCUAGUAUCCCUAAACAGUUUCCUUUGCGUGAUUAUGAUCCGUUUAUAGAAACUACUGAGGACGAGGAAAAAGAUGAUACUCACAUCCCAGUCAGACCAGAAGAUCAUAUAAGGGACAUGUCAGUGAGAAGUGAAAGAACAACAGAAGACAAGGAAAAUGAAGGAGAUUCUUCUCUAGAGGAACUGCAAGAAUCACGUAGAAGAUCAUACAGUGAUCCUAUAGAUGGGGAACACUGGGAAGACGAUGACAUUAACGUCAUAAGGAAACGAUCAGGAGAUCGAAAAGUUCUGUACAAGGAGAUGUACCCUCAGAGAUCCUCUGCGCUAGAUGUAGUAGAGGACAUGUGGGAAGGUUUCUCUGUGUAUGAUUACCCCCCGGAUGAGAGCCCUCCCCGUGAAAAACAGGAGAAAAAGAACGAAUGGACUCCACAAAUCACCAUUCCUAAACCAUUCACUAUGACAGUAAGAGAGGCAAAGAGAAAGGCGAAGCAUAUGACAAGAUCGCAAAUGAUUCUUCAGGAGGAUUUGAAAAAGAAGAAGGAAAAGGAAGAGGCGGAGUUGCAUAAAAAGUUUCGCGCACAACCUGUUCCUGCAACCACGUUUUUGCCGCUUUACGACGAAAUCACGCGUCAAAACGAGCUCCGAAGAUACCAUGUGCGAGAGCUCAGCAAAGCGAUUCUAAAAUCAACUGAGAAGCCAUUUAAAUUUGUUAAAAGAGAGGAAGAGAAAAGGCAAAUGCGUCGAACUAAAUCCCUGAGUAAUCUCGCAGAUUUUGAGAACAAAACGGCGGAGAAAAAGGAGUUUAAAGCUAAUCCAUUUCCUGAUCGUUUGUUCGAUCUGACUCUGGCGGACAGGAUGGCCGAAAAAGAGGAGUACAGAGCGAUUCGAAUGCGAAUGCGAUCGCAAGAAAUGCUCGCUGCGUCCCGUCUCCCCCCUAACAUGGAAUCACGGGGGGAAGAGUACACGCUUGGUCAUUUUAGGAGCAAAUUGAAUAAAGAAGGCAACAAGAACGCUUUUAUGACAAAAGAGCACAAGUUUAAGCCGCAAAUUAACCCUGAUAUACCCGAGUUUGAUGCACUUCAUAGGCAAUUUGAAAAGGAGAUGAGAAAUAAGAAGACAGAAAAGGAACCUACAGUUGUCGAGCCUUUUAAUCUGAGAACAGCGCGCGUGUCCGCUGAGAGGAAGUCGAGAUGCUCGCGGUCUCAAGAGGUGCCGGAUAGUGGUAGAUUGUCCAGAGAUCGCUCCGCCAGCCGGGAGAGGUCUUCCAGUGCCAGGCCGUACACUCCUCACGACACACUUCCAUUUGGAACUACAGAGUCAACGCGCCUGCGUGAGAGCACAGUCCGCAAGAGCCUGGAGCAGAGAACAGCUAGUGAGCAAGACGAGAUCAAACAAGAACAACGAAGACGACGCCGUCAGAAGAUGCUGAAACCUGAGGUGACAAGAAAAGUGAUGGCAAAUGAUCACAGUGGAAUGCUGAAAAAAGCGGCAAAGGAAAAAGUUCAAAAUUUCAGGGAAAGUGAUCGAGCACGGAAAGAGGAAUACAACCGAGAACUGAAAGAGAUGCAAGAACGCAUAAACAAACGACCACUACUGUUUGAACAGCAAUCCCAGGUCACUGCAAGGCGAGCCGCAGAGCGCAAGUACGCGGAUAUCCUUCGCAGCGCAGGCGUAGAUGAGGCACUCGUGCAGAACUUGGUUACCAAGGAUGGGAAGAUCGUAGAUGCCGAGUCGGACGAUGAGUUGGAAGAGACUGGGUCCCAGAUGAAUUAUGGUGGCUCAAGACGGUCUUCAGGGACUGAAUACAAUAGAGACAGCCAUGAUGCGAAUCUGCAGGAGAGUGGAAGUGAUGUGGAAGAAGAAAUUGACGAGGAAGAUGAAGAAGAAAUCUGAAGAAAUUGAUGAAAAGGCCUGUGGCAAUCGUUCAAAGCGUUCUGUUGCGGCAUUCGGAGAUCGACCCCGAGAAAUCCACUGGGCUAACGAAGUCAACGAAGACAGUCCGACUGUCUCCCGAAGAUUUCCGAAAGCAAACGCGAUACGAACAUUCGUGUAUCUCAAUUUCAUCAAAUUUAUUUAAGUGUAAUUAUUGAUUGGUUAUCAAAAGAAACAACGUCUCGAGUUUUUAUACACAUAAAAUAAUAGUGCAAACAAUAUCGCGUGGAGAUCUCUAUUGAGCGAAAAAAACUACUACGGAAGUUUAUUGACAAUAUUCUGAUGUGGAUAGGUAGCAUUUGUAGCAUUAAAAGUAGUGAACAUUUUCCCUUGACGAUCAAUAAAACUUUAGGAACUAUAGUAAUACUUUGCGAAAGGAAUGAAACUUUCUGUUCAAUCUAUAUUUAUUCAUCAUUGACCAUCAUUAGUCAGCUGAUAAGCAAUACUAAAGGGUUUAUUUUAAUAUACAAGAACUGAAACCUACGAAUCAAAAUUUUAUGGAUUUGUUGCGACGUUACAGAAUUCAUUAUUUCAUGAAUUGGAUUCAUGAUUGAUUUUCCUCUACGUUGCUAACCAUUUGAAAGGAAGAACUGGUCGAGAUGACCGUCGAAUACUGGUAGCCGCUUUUCAAAAAUCUUCAAAACGCCUAAAGAUGGCGCUCACCUUCCAUAAUUCGGUUUUUGACCCUAUUGCUAUGCCUUAAUGGGCCUCGUCUCCAAAGUCGAUGGACCCUCUUAGUUGGUGGGGCCUUGACAAGAGGAGAGGAACACCCACAGACAAGGCCUUAUAACAGCUCCUAAAAAAGGAGUAAAAUUCUGAGCGAAAGAGGUAUUCACGUUCAGUUGGAAUGCUCACCGUAAACCAGUUUUAAACUUCCUGAAGGUCUGUAAGGAAGUAUUUCAGCGUGAAAUUAGUGAAACCUUUGUCCAGUAUUGUUGCAAAUAAAACUCCGCGUCUCCAGAGUUCUCCAGAGCUACCUCCUCGUACCAAGACAAGGUCCCGCCUCUGUCCUCUCCUCUGCCUCUCCUCUGCACCCUCAUCUCUUUUAGAACGAUCAGAGUACGACUUUUACAAAUCAAACCUAUAGCUCAAGUUUCCGAUCAUCGGCCUGUCACUAAUCCGGUGUUAAAAGUCUCCUAUUCAACUGGUCAGCAACAGGGAGGAGCGAGAGCUCUCGAAACGUAACUUGAAUCUUGAAACCCAAGAUUCGUACUUGUACUCUUCUUACUGUUGUGGUCUGUUGUGGUCUGUUGUAUUUGUUGCCUGAAGUCCCGUUAGUUAUUAUAGUUAUUAGCAGUUUGUUAUACAAACAAGGCGAAAAAGUCAAUGCUGCUUUGUGGACUCAGUGGUACCCUUUCGCCUUGUUUCAGUACACUUUAUUUGAACACAGACCCAAUUGCAAUAAUAGCUAUUUGAUAGAAGGGAGUUAAAAGAAACCACGACGGCGACGCCGAGGACAACGCCACUGAAAGCUGAAUUUAUAUUCAACCUAUGAAUCAAAUUAUCUCAAAACGGUGUUAAAUUCGGAAAAUAAAAACAAUACAAUCAGUUGGCUGUCCUGCCGGGUUUACGUUAUCCAGGAUUGGUAGAAUUUGCUCAAUUUACGUUGUUGUUUUGCAGAGAACGGCAGUGAAAUGUACCGAGACUUAUGACGCACAUGCUCGUUAAACCUUAAGCCCAGGCCAAACGAUUGCAACAUUUCGACGCAACCUAUCGCAACAUUAAAUGUUGCGAUAUGUUGCGAUCGUUUGGCCGGGGCUUGCAAAUACUGGGCCAACAAUGUUGCAAUAUGUUACGUUGAACUGUUGCGAUCGUUUGGCCGGGGCUUUCCGUCUGUUUGGCGUUUUAAGUGAGGGCAUCCCAGGGGCAUUUGGGGAGCAAGGGAACUGAUAAACAGACAACGGAUAUUUUUGGAAUUAAACUGAGGGAACAAGGAAUAUCUCUACGGUCCUCUACUACUCUCUGAACGAGAACUUUGGCGGGAAAUUUCAGGGAAUAAUGAAAUUGGGGAUCAAAAGAACAUGCAUCUUCUCCCCUUGGGAAGCCCUCUUUAAGUGACAAUUAAGCUCCCUAAUGAUCUCCUGCACUUGCCAGUAUUAUGCACGGCCGAUUGAACAGAUCAACCUGAGAAAUACAUUGAGUUUUUUAAUAACCCAUAAACUGUCACCACUAGGAGGUACAAGAGUGGUUCUAAAUUUAAAACCAGAAUCAAAGUAGCCACUCUGGCAACAACGACAACAACAACAACAACAACAACAACAACAACUUUUAUUUCAUCCCGGAAUUAGAAAUAAUUUAU